UGCCCCUCACUCACUGUUGCAAUGCAUUGCCAAUGUCCUUUGCUUUGUUGGAGCUUAUACAGUGCAUUUUUGCUCUCUAGUGACCAUGGCUGCUGAUGCAGCUAGACACCGCAAAUAAUCUGCAUUAAUUUAAAUUAGCAUAGUAUCGCCUGACGACACACGUCUUUUGUCAAACGGACUACAUUGGUUAUGGAUGAGCCGGAGCUUCUGCUGGACUCCAAUAUCAGACUUUGGGUGGUCUUGCCCAUCGUCUUUAUCACGUUCCUUGUUGGGGUGAUUCGACAUUAUGUCUCCAUUCUGCUUCAGAGUGACAAGAAGCUGACAUUAGAGCAGGUGUCAGACAGCCAGGUUCUUAUCAGGAGCAGAAUCCUCAGAGAGAAUGGGAAGUACAUUCCGAAACAGUCUUUCUUGAUGAGGAAGUAUUACUUCAAUAAUCAAGAAGAUGGCUUCUUAAAAAAUACCAAAAGGAAGGUUGUUCCUCCCUCCCCAAUGACAGACCCCAGCAUGCUGACAGACAUGAUGAAAGGCAACGUGACCAAUGUACUUCCCAUGAUCCUCAUCGGAGGCUGGAUCAACUGGACCUUCUCGGGGUUUGUCACAACCAAGGUUCCCUUUCCUCUCACCCUGCGCUUCAAGCCCAUGUUGCAACAAGGAAUCGAGUUACUCUCACUUGAUGCUUCCUGGGUGAGCUCAGCGUCGUGGUAUUUCCUGAAUGUGUUUGGGCUGCGAAGCAUGUACUCCUUAAUUCUAGGACAAGAUAAUGGUGCCGAUCAGUCCAGGAUCAUGCAGGAGCAGAUGAGUGGUGCUGCCAUGGCCAUGCCUGCAGACACAAACAAAGCCUUCAAGGCAGAAUGGGAGGCUCUUGAGCUAACUGACCACCAGUGGGCACUGGAGGGUGUUGAGGAGGAGCUAAUGAGCAGGGAACUGGAUCUAGAUGGAAUGUUCAGUAAGGAGUUACCAACGGGUAUCUUCUGAGUGCCAGUUCAUCACUGCAGGGAACCUGCCACUUGGCAAAAUGGUAGUCUUACUUAGAGACAGACUUGGAGUUUCUAUAGGAAAUGACAGAGUGGAACAAAGUCCCUGGGCUUUGAUGACAAAUAGAGAUGUAAUGUCUAAAUUCAUUUAACUUACGUUAUUGUCCAUUUCAAGUUUAAUUGGAGAUAGUACCAAGUUCAAUUUAUAAUUGUAACUAUUUGAAAGAUUCACCUUCAGCUACUCAUGACAAAAAAAAGGAUAGCAUACAUAAUCGAAAAACUGACAUGUUGUAUACUGUCAAAAACAAAACAUACAAAAGGUCAAUGAGCAUGUGUUGCACCACUUUUUGUUUUUAAUCAUGUUUACCUUGUAUUCUCAGAUUCCACCUACAAUGCCUUCAGAAAGUAUUCAUACCCCUUAUUCCACAUUUGUUGUUAUAGCCUCAAUUAAAAAUGUUUUAAAUGGACCCCCCCCCCCCACCCAUCUAUACACAAUAAUAAUAAUGAUAAUAAUAAUAAUGACAGUGAAAGCAUGCUUUUAAGAAAUGUUUUCAAACGUAUAAAAAUGAAAUGCAUAGAUACCUACAUUUACAUAAAUAUUCACACCCCAGAGUCAAUACCUGUUAGAAUCACCUUUGGCAGUGAUUACAGCUGAGUCUUUCUGGGUAAGUCUCUUAAGAGCUUUGCACCUCUAGUGUAUAUUUGGCCUUGUAUGUUAGGUUAUGGUCCUGCUGAAAGAUGAAUUUGUCUCCCAGCGUCAGAGCAAAAGCAGACUGAAACAAGUUUUCCUCUAGGAUUUUGCCUGUGCUUACCUCUAUUGUAUCUCUUUGUUAUCCUCAAAAUAACUCUGAAGUCCUUGUUGAUGACAGGCAUACCCAUAACAAAAUAUGUAGAGUGGUAUUCUGAUGUGUUGGAUUUGCCUCAAACAUAAUGCUUUGUAUUCAGGUCAUUAAGUUACUUUCUUUGCCACAUUUUUUUCUGUUUUACUUUAGUGCCUUAUUGCAAACAGGAUGCAUGUUUUGGAAUAUGUUUUAUUCUGAACAGGUUUCCUUUUCUCUCUGUCAUUUUAGGUUUGUGGAAUAACAAAAAUCCUCAGUUUUCUCCAAUCACAGCCAUUUAACUUUGUAACAGGUUUAAAAUCACCAUUGGCCUCAUGGUGAAAUCCCUGAAUGGUUUACUUCUUCUCCGGCAUCUGAGUUAGGAAGGACGCCUGUAUCUUUGUAGUAACUGGAUGUAUUGACACACCAUCCAAAGUGAAAUAACUUCACCAUGCUCAAAGGGAUAUUCAGUGUCUGCUUUUUUAUUUGUACCAAUCUACCAAUGGGUGCCAUUCUUUUGCGAGGCGUUGGAAACCUCCCUGGUCUUUGUGGUUGAAUCUGUGUUUGAAAUUCACUGCUCGACCAAGGGACCUUACAAUUAUCUCUGUGUGGGGCACAGAGAUGAGGUAGAAAAUCAUGUUAAACACUUAUUGCACACAGAGGGGUCCAUGCAACUUGUUAAGCACAGUUUUACUCCUGAAUGUAUUUAGUCUUGCCAUAAUAAAGGGGUUGAAUACUUAUUGACUGAAGAUAUUUUAAUUAAUUUCUAAAAACAUAAUUCCACUUUGUGUAGGCCAGUGACUCAAUUUCAUCCAUUUAAAAUGCAGGCUGUCAUGCAACAAAAUGUGGAAAAAGUCAAGGGGUGAAUACUUUCUGAAAGCACUGUACUUACCAUUUUUUUGGUCAUAGUUUACUUGUUGGUUAUUUGUGAGCUUGUUUUUUGUUUUGUGAACAUAAUAGUCAAAUUCAUUGAACAUAAGUUCAACUUAUCCCGUUGGCAGUGAGAGGCGGAUGCUCUGAGCAACAAAAGACAACUAGCAGUUACAAUAAAAACAAAGAACAUGAUUUACUGCUGGUGAUUAAAUUCCAGUUAUCAUUCCACUUUCAGUUUUGUGUGCAGAAUCAGCAGCUUCAUGUCUGAUGUAAGACAAGGUCAGGUCCUAUAUUGGGUGCUGGAAAACUACUGUGUGUGUGAUAGUUAAAUUCAAUGUGUUAUUUUUAAUAUUUAUUUCUCAAAUUGUUUUGGUAACAUUUUCAUGUGUUUUUGUAUAAAGACUGUUUUGACUAAA